CUAAAAUUAGUGGCGCCAUCUGUGAUGAAACAGCCACAUUUCACACAUGCCGAGCUGUUGGGAAAAAGGGAAGAAAAGGAAAGAAAAGAUGAUGCAGACCAAGAGAAGAGAAGCGGUCCACACGCAUGUCGGGGAGCACGCCUCCUCUUCUUUUCGCUUGCCAGCGCGGCUCAUUUCCUAGUACAAUCUUUUGGAUGUUUUGUUUCCCAGUGUUGCUAGAUUGGCCCACGCCGGUGGAGGCGGAAGCGCGGGAAACGGGCCAGCCACACAGGCGCCGGCCGGCGUGCCGUCGUAGUAGUGCCUCUUUUUCUUUUUUGCUUUUGCUGGCCAAGCAACCGAAUGAAAAGUAGACACAUUGAUCGAAAGGUGGGGACGUAAUGGCAACUCCAGUUGGCCAAGAAAGCCAACACGCGAGGCGAGGCGAGGCGAGGCGAGGCGAGGCGAGGCUCACGUCAUCCGUGUCGAGACGCAGCCCGAGUAUCUGGCACCGUGUUUGCCGUGUUGGUCAGCUCCUGCCGCUUGCCGCCGCUUCCUUCGUACUGGCGAGGCUGUUGCGGGCUGUCGAAGCCGCCUUGCCGCAUGUUGGCAGUGGUGCGUUUUGAGCCCGUCCACCUGGAGGCGAGGCGAGGCGAGGCGGGGCAAGUAAGCAGAUCAGCAGGUUACGCAGGUGAAAACGCCACCCCAUCCGUUCAGGUGGCACGGGAACGACACGCACAUUUGGUGUUUGCUUCCGCUCUUUGUGACAAAAAGUGGUCGCUGAAUUCUCACCACAAAAAUGAGGGAGUCUUCAAGUGUCCCGAAGACCAGUUGCCUUUGGACUACGCCAAGAUCUACCCUGACCCGGAGUUGGAGCAGCAGAUCUUGGCGCUGCCCAUCCGCUGCAUCCACAGCGAAGAGGGCUGCCGCUGGACCGGACAGAUGAAGCAGCUGCAGGGCCACUUCUCCACCUGCGCCUUCAACGUCAUCCCCUGCCCCAAUCGCUGCUCGGUCAAGCUGACCCGCCGCGACCUCCCCGACCACCUGCAGCACGACUGCCCCAAACGCAAAGUCAAGUGCGAGUUCUGCGGCAGCGAGUUCACCGGCGAGGCCUACGAGAACCACCAGGGCGUGUGUCCUCAGGAGAGCGUCUACUGCGAGAACAAAUGCGGGGCGCGGAUGAUGCGCCGGCUACUAUCGCAGCACGGCACGGCCGAGUGUCCCAAGCGCACGCAGCCGUGCAAGUACUGCGGCAAGGAGUUUGUCUUUGACACCAUCCAGAACCACCAGUACCACUGCCCUCGCUUCCCCGUCCAGUGCCCCAACCAGUGCGGCACGCCCAACAUUGCCCGCGAAGACCUGGCCAACCACGUGAAAGACAACUGCGGCAGCGCCCUGGUGCUCUGCCCCUUCAAAGACGCCGGCUGCAAACAUCGGUGCCCCAAGCUGGCGGUGGGGCGGCACCUGGAGGACAGCACCAAGUCGCACCUGACCAUGAUGUGCAACCUGGUGGGGCGCCAGCGGCAGGAGAUCCUGGAGCUGCGGCGCGAGAUGGAGGAGCUGUCGGUGAGCCACGACGGCGUCCUGAUCUGGAAGCUGAGCGACUACUCGCGCAAGCUGCAGGAGGCCAAGCUGCGCAGCAACCACGAGUUCUUCAGCCCGCCCUUCUACACGCACCGCUACGGCUACAAGCUGCAGGUGUCGGCCUUCCUCAACGGCAACGGCAGCGGCGAGGGCUCGCACCUCUCCGUCUACAUCCGGGUGCUGCCCGGUGAGUACGACAACCUCCUGGAGUGGCCCUUCGCCUACAAGGUCACCUUCUCCAUCCUGGACCAGAGCGACCCCUCGCUCUCCAAGCCGCAGCACAUCACCGAGACCUUCAACCCGGACCCCAACUGGAAGAACUUCCAGAAGCCCAGCGGCGCUCGCAACUCGCUGGACGAGAGCACCCUGGGCUUCGGCUACCCCAAGUUCAUCUCGCACGAGGAGAUCAAGAAGAGGAACUACGUCCGCGACAACUGCGUCUUUGUCAAGGCUUCCAUCGAGAUCCCCCAGAAGAUCAUGGCCUGAGCGCCGCUUGAGCACCGACCACCUUUCCACGCUCCACCCUUCUACCUGACCAACUCACUCUGUGUGAAAAUUGCCUUGGAAAUCAAAGAGUGCCUAGACGUUGACGCUUUUUCUUUCGCCCCUCUCUCUCUCUCUCGCUCUCUCGCUCUCUCUCUUGCUCUCUCACCAACGGUACGUGAGGGGAUGGAAGCAGGGUGAAGGAGAUUGAACUUUGGAUGGAUGGAGGGAAGGAAGGCAGCGUCGUGGCUCACGCCUGCCUUGUGUUUACGUCGAGCGCCAGAGCAGCCGGCGUCAAGGUGCAGCUCCGUCCUUCACCCUCUAUGCAAACUUCACACAAGCUUCCCCGCCAGCACACAGGCGCUCCCUUCCGAGGAACCUCGGCUUUCUCCAUCAGCAUUUUCUUCCUUGCGAGAAGCGCCUCGUGUCGCUCUUCAGACGAGACCCCCCAACCCCCCUCGGUCCGUUUGCGGCCGCUGACUCCAUCGGAUUUGUCCAUCGGAUUUGUCCAUCUUUGUCGCUCCAGCACGUUAGCUUGUGGUCUUGCCGUGAUCGUCCGCUACCUGAAGAAGUCUUUGGACCGUUGUGUCCCCCCCCAGUCCUCAUCCGCUCGGCCAAACGCAACUCGCGACGCACGUCGAGAAGCCAAACCCGAGCAGACGCUGGAAGUCUGCCGUUUGAUGGGGCCAGCUCCUCCAAAGUGCUGGAGAUUUGGGAAGAUGGCGUCCAUAUGGGCGGGAAUGGAGCGGCUUCGUCAUGGUAUGCGUUUGGUGGAGCGUGGCGGCAAGCGGACGCUGUCAAACCAGUGACUGGGAAUAACGCAGCUCUGCAAUUUUCAGGAAAAGUCAACCCAUGAAGCCUACUUGACUGAGUAACGUGCAAUUUACUAGGCAUGUCUAUAAAAAGGCUCAAAUCAACAAAAUGUGAUUCCGCUAGAACGGUUUGGACCCGGCAGCAGAAGGUGACGACGGCGGAUGGAAGUGUGUCAAAUCUUUUCUUGGAUUGCUGCCUGAAUUGGUGUAGUCCGCUGAAGAGGAAAUCGGGAAAUGGUCUCGUCGGAUUUGAGUUGUCCUCAUCUCGCGUCGCCCGAAUUCGAUGUGUUUACGUUGUCGUGACCGACAAGGAAAAUUCACCAGGCUUGUUUUGGGCAAAGCAACCUUUGGACGGAGCAGAGCAAGUGCAUUUGUGCAUCCUUAAGAGGCCAAUGGGGGACCAGUGAGUGGGCAUCUCAAAGUGAAGGAAAAUCCACGUGGCCUUUUGCUUGAUCCGCUACGACCUUGCAUGAGAGGGCAAACGUGACACACGUGCAUGCUUCAAUGUGCUAACUCCCGGCCGGACCACCUUUUGUACUCUACCUGUUCUCAUGACUAUCUUGCCCUUUUUUUGGAAGAGUUUUAAGAAUAGUUUUUAUUAUGAUCAACAUGGGUUGUGUUUUUGUAAACGGAAAAUGUGAACGUUGCGAAGCGAACCUGUUCGUCGAGAUCGUCUCCUUCACAGCGCCACCGCCUGGACGGAGGACUGUCAAAAAUGUACAUUCAUUACAUUUAAUGCAACGCGUGAAUACGUCAUGUACAAAUACGGAAGCACAUUCUGUCCUUUGACUUAGUAGAUGCGCGCGCGCGCGCAUGCACGCGCACACACACACCGAUUUCCUCUCAUAAUGCCAGCUGAUAUUUGACAGUGACUUUUUGUACGAUUGUGUAUUUUCAAAUCCUUUCCGGCUGUUUUUAUACGUAUGUCGGUUUGAGAGUCAGGUCGACUUGGAGAGUCCGUCAGUUUGUCUGUCCGUGCGUCUCGCGUGUUUGAGCCUCACGUGUUAUGUCUCUUUUAUUUUCCCCAUUUGGAAAAAGGAAAACCAAGUAUUUAUUUGAAAGCAGCAGCGCCGCCGCCAGUCAGUCAGUCAGUCAGUCAGUCGAUGCGGACGGCGCAUAGAAUGUUUUAACAUGUCCUUUGAUGAGUGCUUGUCAAUUUCAUAACUAAAAUAAAAAUACCAUAUGCUGUGUUUUAAA